CCUUGGUUCUACCUAGUUCUCUAAUUGUUGAGGCCAGUUGGACCAGUGGUAGAUGAGUUAUAAUGGGACAUCCUAUUAAACAAACGGUGAUUACGACUUUAUAUGUAUAAACAAUAAUACUUCUGUGCCCCCCCCCCUCUAUACACCUACCAAGUUACAAGUUAUAAAUGACACCUGAGGUGUUUAUCAAGGAUUAACAAGUGUCCCCAGUUCUCUUUACUCCGUCCUUCAUGAAGGUUCAGAAACUUUAUCUUCUCCUUCAAUUAGUCCUGCUAUCAAGUAUACCUGGAUACAGAACUGUUAACUCACAACACCAUGGACAGGAUGCAACAAAUGAAUGGAUGAAUAGGUGGAUUGUUGAACUAGAGUCUGGAGAAGAAGCCGAGAUCUUUGCAGACGAAGUUAACCUCAGGAUGGUUGGAGAACUACCAGGUUUUCCUCACCAUUAUCUUCUAGAGAGAACAGUUCUUGACAGAACAGAACAACAAGGGGGACAGGAUACAUCCUUGACUAAUCUACUAGUAUCAGACAAUAGAGUGAAAUGGGCUGAGCAACAGUUCGAGAAAGUUCGAGUAAAACGAGGAGUUUAUCUACCCUACUAUAUUUUCUCAGAAACAUCAGGAUUACGAAGUAUAGAGAAAAGUAUUCCUGCAGAACUAUUAGAACUCUGGAGAGAAGAGGAGAAUUAUAAUAAACCGGAAUUACCAAAACAGAAAAAGGAGUUGUUUAAUGAUGAACUUUGGGAUCAUCAAUGGUAUCUACACGACACAAGAUCCCAAGCUGGAUUACCAGAUAUAUCCCUUCAUGUAGUUGGAGCCUGGAGCCGAGGUAUAGAUGGGACCGGAGUUAAUGUAAUAGUUCUUGACGAUGGAUUAGACUACACUCAUCCUGAUCUAGCUGGAAACUAUAAUCCACAACUCAGCUAUGAUUUCAAUGAUAAUGAUCCUGAUCCUAAACCUAAGAGUGAGACGGCUAGUCAUGGAACACGUUGUGCAGGGGAGAUUGCCAUGCUACCCAAUAAUCAUCUGUGUGGGGUGGGAGUAGCCUUCAACUCUACUAUUGGCGGGAUUAGACUUCUGGAUGGAAAAAUAUCUGAUGAAUUAGAGGGAAAAGCUUUGUCCUGGGCUCUAGACAAGGUUGAUAUAUUCUCCUCCUCCUGGGGUCCUAACGACGACGGAGCAACUGUUGAAGGUCCAGGCCGACUUGCAACCAAGGCUCUAGAGAGGGGUAUAAGAGAGGGUAGAGGAGGGAAGGGUGUUAUAUAUGUUUGGGCGAGUGGUAAUGGUGGAAGUCAUGGAGAUGAUUGUAACUGUGAUGGAUAUACAGCUAGUAUUUAUACAUUGUCAGUUAGCUCAGCUAGUCAGCAAGGGUCAGCUACAUGGUAUGGAGAAUCUUGUUCUUCUACUCUUACAUCAGCUUUCAGCAGUGGAGCAUAUACUGAUCAGAAGAUUGCAACUACAGAUUUAGGAGGUGGAUGCACUGUUAGCCAUACAGGAACCUCUGCUGCAGCUCCCCUGGCAGCUGGUAUAUUUGCUCUGGUUCUCCAGGUAGCUCCAACCCUGACAUGGAGAGAUGUUCAGUACCUGGCAGUCUAUACCUCGGAUCCAACUACAUUAAUGGAGAACACAGGAUGGAGAAAAAAUGGAGUUGGGCUUCUGUUUAAUCCAAGUUUUGGGUUUGGAGUUCUAAACGCUGACGAGAUCGUAUCCGCCGCAGAAGAUUGGGAAAAUGUUCCUCCUGGAGACUCCUGUGAGAUCCAUCCAGGAGCAGAGAAUACUAAUUUACAGGGUGGACCAGGAGAUGUGAUCAUACUACGGUUCAAUGCAUCAAACUGUAGUAUUAACUAUGCGGAACAUGUCCAGGCGUUUGUUUCCAUAACACAUCCGAACAGAGGAAAUUUAGACAUAGUUCUGCGUUCACCUAUGAGGACAGCAACAAGAUUGUUGGCUCCCCGGCCUAAGGAUAAGUCUGACCGUGGAUUCCAUGACUGGGGUCUAAUGUCAGUUGAAACCUGGGGGGAGGCCCCACAAGGAGAAUGGAUGCUUUAUAUAUCAGAUCGAAGCUCAGGGUCUGAUUUGAACUGGAAGGUCGAGAGUAGUAAACUUGUUAUACACGGGAUAAAAACCCUUCAGAACAAAAACAUUCGUAUACUGAGAAACAUUACUAAAAUGCUUGUGUGAAAAAAAUAAAAAUUUAUACAAUAUUCUGAAAAAAUGAGGAUUUUUAAAAUAAAAAUAUACUUUUAACUAA